AUUAGUUACUGCUUUGCAAAUAAUGUCUCAAUCAUUGCGAGUUUAUUUUGCUUUAAUACUUAAUUUAAUUAUUUUGUGUUGUGCUGAAAAUUGUCAAGAUGAUCCUGUAAAGUUGGAUGAACAAUUUAUUGGUUGCUGUAGAGGACGGCCAAAAUAUACCUCAGAGUUGUGUAUAGAUACUUUAUUAGCAAAUGAUACAUUUUCCCAAAAGUGUCUUCUUGAUUGUAUGUAUAAAGAAUUUGAAAUCUAUGAUGGUGAACAAAUCGAUUUAGACGCUGUUAAUACAUUUCUCGAUGAACAAAUUACAGAUGUAAAUUUCAAUUUAAUAUAUAUGGAUGCAUUUGAAAGUUGCAGUAAAUUUACUAAAGAAUCUCUACAGCAAAAUUUUUCCUUUGUUGAAUUUGAUAAUGAACAUAACUGCGAUGAUUAUUCCAUAUUAGUUGAUAUAUGCGUUUGGUAUCAUACUUUGAGUAAUUGUCCUGAGGAAUAUGCAAACAAUGAUGAAGCUUGCCAUGAUAAACGGGAAUGGGUUAACAAGUGUUUAUUUGAGACUUGAAUAUGUUAAUCUGUUAAAGGUGUCUUAUCAAAAGUUUUUUUUAAACAAAUUUGGUAAAAAAAUUUAAAAAAUUUAAAUUUUUAACUGAUAUUUAAAUAAAAAUGCACAUUAUUAUAA